AUCAAAAAGAAAAAUUAUGGAAACUUAUUAAUGAUUUGCUAGAUGCUUUUGAAAUAUCUAAUCUAAAAGAGUAUUAUUUAUUUGCUUUAGCACAAGAAUUAUAUAAUGAAGGAUAUGAACGAUUAUUUACUGCAUAUGAAAAUAGAUUCAAAAGAUCUAAAACAAUAUUACGACAAGAUAUUUUUGGUACUGAAAAUCAUAAUACUACAGGACAUAUAAUUAAACGAUUAAAAACUACAAAUAACCUAACCUCAACAUAUUCUGAAUUAUCUACAACAUUUAUAUCUUCUAAUAAACGACGAAUUACUACUGAAGAAGAAAAAAUAUUUAAAUCUACUUUGGCAAGCCCUGAAUUAACAGAUCAACUUGUUGAAGAAGUCAAAUCAAAACUUUCUAAUUAG